GCACGAUAUUGUUUGUAGGUCUGUGUGCAUGGGAUAUGGAGAGAAGCCCUUCCCUCGCCGACUCGGAUAAGGCGGGCGGGACAGAACAUCAAAAGGCGGUGAGCGGCGAAGCUAGGGUAUCGAUUUCAUAUCUUGACAAGCGCACACGGGGGAGCCAUUUUAUAGAAGCACCGCCAAGCGAAAUCUCAUACUCUACAGCAAGCGAGCUAACGCAAGGAGCUAGAGCGCUCAAACAUGUACGACUUGUACUCAAAUACGAUGAAUUAUACAACACCACAGUACAGCAACUUCGGCUCCUACCCUUCCAACAGCAACUACCAAUCGUGCGCCAUGGCGAACCAGCUAUCUUCCUACGGACCAGGAAUGAACGGGACUUCGUACGGAAUGAACAGUGUUCCUCCUCUCUCACAUCCUCCGAUCCUGACGCAGUACCAGCAGAUGCAAGAGAGCUACAGCACGUUACAACACUUGAACGCACAGCCGAGCAUGUACGGGGCACCCAAUAGUAUUUCCCCAUUGCCUUUCCCAGCCUCCGAUGAAGAGUGCAGUGACAAACUGUCCGACAAUGGGGAUAACGAGAUGGAAAGGAAUGAGGAUGCAAAAUCUCGAAAACGAAAAGAGAGAACCGUGUUCUCAAAAUACCAGCUUACUGAAUUAGAACGCGAAUUCUGCCGAAACAAUUACCUUACACGACUACGGCGCUAUGAGAUUGCCGUCAGCUUGGAUUUGGGAGAAAGACAAGUAAAGGUCUGGUUUCAAAACAGGAGAAUGAAGUGGAAGCGAGGACGGGGAGGUGUUCCGGUCAAGAAAUCUGCUGCUUUGCAGGCCUAGUGAACUUUGCGAACGAUGUAAAUAGUACGGACAAGAUUUAAUAACAGCGCGCGGAAGACUGAAAUAUGCAAAAGCUAGCGCAGUUUGUUAAGAGAGAAAAAAGAAAAAAAAAUACGUACACGUUAAGUUUUUGCCUGAUCAGAUUUAUUAAGCACUAAGUUUUUUCCAAAACAAGGGAUAUAUAGAUUAACACUGUAUAUAUUUAUUUAUUUAUUGAUGAUAUUAUAUUUUGGAUAUUAUUUUUAUGCAUUGUAACGCAAUUGCUUUUUAUAGGAGAAUCUAUCAAAAAGACAUUUCAAAUUCAAAAUUUCAAAUAUGACUGUGAAGAUACCAAGUUUGAUUAAAAAUAAAUUUUGAUUUGUA